CCGCGCGGGGGUCCGAAUCCAGAGCGCAAGGCGAGAGAGCGCGCACGGCGGCAGCAGCAGCAGCAGCAUCAUCAUCAGCCCCUCGCCCUGACCCUCCCCGCCACCCCCUAGCGUUGACUCCGAGAUGGCGACAGCAGCAGCAGCAGGAGCAGCCUCCUCCGGGAGCCUCGACUCGGUGCCUCUGGGCGGGGAGAGCCGCGCGCCCGAGUCCCCGGCGGGCACCCCGCGCCUCCGCGCCGACGAGAUCCGCCCGGGGCCCCAGGCGAACGCGGUGACGGUGCUGGCGCUGCUGGACCGCCUGCUGGGCAUGCUCGAGGGCGUGCAGGAGGCGCAGCGGCGCCUCGAGGAGCGGCAGCGCGACACGGAGGGCGUCGUGCGCUCCGUGGCCGGGGAGCUGUCGCGCAUGGCGCGCAGCGGGCAGAGCACGGACGGCGCCGUCGCCAAGGUGCUGGCCAAGGCGCGCACGGUGAGCGCCAACGUGAAGGACGUCCGCGAGAGGCUGGAGCGGCAGGCGGCGCAGGUGCGCAAGUUGGACGCCAAGCACGGCGACCUGCUGCGCCGCAACAACUUUCGCAUCCUCAUCUUCCAGGAAGGCAGCGAGACGCCCACGGCCGAGGCGACCAGCAGGCCCGUGGGCCCCUCGCCAGGCCCCGCCGUGCUCGUGUCCGACGAGGCGCGCGGCCCCGCGGACUCGAGCUUCGAGGAGGUGUGCAUCGCGGGCGAGGGCAGCGACGCGGGUGACGAGGCGGCCGCGCGGCCCCCGGACCUCUCGUCCGACGAGGAGUACAUCCUGGAGGAGGUGGAGACCACCACCACGAGGCUGAAGAAGUCGAGCAUGAAGCGCAUGGACAGCCUCAAGAAGGCCUUCUCCAAGGAGAGCUUCGAGAAGAAGAUGAACAAGUUCGUGUCGCCCGAGCGGCGCGAGAAGAUCAAGAAGUCGCUCACGCCCAACCACCAGAAGUCGAGCGGCUCCAAGCUGGGCGCCUUCAAGGUGCCGCCGCUCAAGUUCAACGUGAAGAAGGUGCGCUCGGAGGACGGGGGGGGCACCCCCAACGAGGAGGAGGCCGCGGCGGAGGAGGAGGAGGCCGACGCGAGCGUGGCCGUCACCAACGAGGAUUCCCCGGCGAUCUACGGCGGCGGCGAUACCGACUCGGCGCACGGCGCGGUGCAGUACGCCGAGAUCGUCUUCGCAGACAAGACGCCGGCCCGGCAGGCGGCCGCCUUGGCUUCGCCGGCGGGGAAGGCCGUCGUGGCGGCCGUGGCCGCGGCGGCCGUGGCCGCGGCGCAGGCGACCGCGGAGGCGCGGGCCGGGGUGGUGACCCUGGGGCCGGACGAGACGGCGGUGGCCGGGGUGGAGAAGGGGAGAGAGGAGGAGGCGGCUGAAGAGAAGCCGGGAGGGAGCGCGGAGGGUGCGGGCGACGACGCGGGAGCGAAGGUGGUGCUGGGUAAAGGUGAGGAGCACGAGGAGCAGAAGACGAGCGGCAAGCCGGAGGAGGAGGGGGAGGAGCAGGGGGAGCAGCAGCAGCAGCAGCAGGCGGUGUUCGAAGCGGCGGCGGCAGUGUCCGGAGGAGAGGAGGCCGUGGGGCGCCCCCCCCAGCCCGACGUCGCCACCCAGGGCCCCCCCGCGGUGACUGUGAGCGAGAGCCACGGCGGCGCUGCGGCCAACGGGCCGCUCGCGCACGCGGGGGGCCACGAGGCCGACCAGGGGCCCGAAGAGGAGGCGACCGGGGCACACGGGAAGGCGGCGGUGGCGGCUGUGGCUGCGGCGGGAGGCGUCAAGACGGAGCUGAGCGAGUGACGCCGCGUGGCCCCGGUGGCUCCGCGCUGACGGCCGCCACCGCUGGACCGUUCCGACACGCACACAGACACGUACACGCACAGACACGCACACAGACACACACACGCACAGACACGCACACGCACAGACACGCACAGACACGCACAAACACACGCACACGCACAGACACGCAUAUGCACA